AGGUUGCGGGAGAGGACUCCUUGAACUUGAGCAGUUCCCUGUUGGACACUUCCAACGAGGCUCUGUAAGAAUCAGAAUGCAUGUGCCAACGCAUGUCACUCCGCCAUUAAUUAUGCUUCUUUCAAAGAUUAAGGAACAACUAAUACAAUUUAAUAAAGAGAUGAAUCCAAGGAACAUGCCUGAAGCGUGUUUGAAAUGAUUGACCGUCUUUUCUGUUGUAACAAGCUAUAAAUAUUGUAUUCAGGCUUUGCUUUUGCGCAGUUCAGCAGACAAUGAGUGACGGUGUGCGUGUGUAGAAUGCGGCACCGGGCUCCGGGCUGUUGCCAAAAUGUGCCUCGAACCCUACCAAAAAAAAAAAAAAAAAAGAAACACUUCAACCCACCCCCCCAUGUUCCUCGGUUCCCGACUUCAUUCACUAUGUUGAGCGUUUAGAUGAAGGAGGCUCUCUACACCUCAGCCUCAAACUUUCUAAUGAAACCCCGCAAAAACUUUUGACAAAAAGCUUUUUAUUUAUUUAUUUCCCCCCCGUUUGACACUUUUUGGGAACAAUUUUCUGCUGGAAAAACUUCAGGUCCUACCUGAGAAGAUGGAGCCCAGUUCCACAGAAGGAGGAGCUGAGGAGAUCCCGCUCCCAAAAAGUCCACCUGCCAAGGUGAUCCUCAAACACGGCCAGGAGCUGGAGGAGGAGCAGGAGGAGCUGGCCGAGCACCAGCCUCUGGAGCAGGAGGAUCUCAACUUCGAGCGGUGGAAGCGCCGACCCUUGCCCAGGAGGACGCUGCACCAGAAGAUCAGCGACUUGAAGACGUACCUGUGGAAUGCCGAGACCAAGGAGUUCAUGGGCCGCUCGGGAAAGAGUUGGAGCCUCAUCCUUCUCUUCUACGCUGCGCUUUACACUUUCCUGGCAGCCAUGUUUGGCGGCUGUAUAUUUUGCCUCAUGUGGUCUAUUAGUCCCUACCAUCCCACCUACAAUGACAGAGUGAUGCCACCAGGUAUGACCAUGGCGCCGCACCUGGAAGGCCACGACAUCUCCUUCAACACCUCCGACCGCAAAUCGUGGAAGCGCUACGCCCGCUCCAUGGACGAGCACCUCCGACCCUACAACGAUGGCGCGCAGGAGAGGAAGAACAUCCGCUGUACGCAAGACAGGUACUUCAUGCAGGAGGAUUUGGAGGAGGACGCCGAGAGGAAAGCGUGCCAGUUCAAGAGAUCCUGGCUUGGAGAGUGCUCGGGCCUGCAAGACCCCCACUACGGGUACUCGCAGGGGAGGCCGUGCAUCCUACUCCGAAUGAACAGGAUUCUAGGAUACCUCCCUGGCCAAGGGAAACCAGUAAAUGUGACUUGUGGAGUAAAGAAAGGACCACCAGAUGCCCUGGGAGAAAUACAAUUUUUCCCCAAGAGUAUUUUUGACUUGAAGUACUACCCUUACUAUGGGAAACUCCGACACGUGAACUACUCGUCUCCGGUGGUGGCCGUGCGCUUCUCGGGCGUGCAGUACGGCGCUCACAUCCAAGUGCAGUGCAAGCUGAACGGGAAGGGUAUCAUCAACGACUCGCCCACCGACCGCUACCUUGGAAGCGUCACCUUCUUCUUGGCCGUCGGCGCGUAGGACCUGCAGGAUUCUCCUUAUCCUAAAAACUCAUCAUUUUACAUGCCAUUUGUGUUCUCUAAGAUACCUGUACGCACACCACAGGCACGGUUACAUUCAUUUCCUCACAAAAUAAUUUGAUUAAUCCAACUAAACUUCUCUCAGUUGUGUUUUUCCUUGGCUAUGCAAAUCCAAUUAAGAAUUAAACCAGUAAUGCUCUUAAAAAAAACAAUUUAUUCAUUGCUAUGAGCAUGUAGAAUGUUGAUUCUUUAUAGAAUGUUUUUUUUCUUGAGAGACAGUACUAAUUACUUGUGCAUGUAUUUUUUUAAACAUAUAUUUGAAGGAAUAUUGUGCAAUGGAAACACGUCUUGCACUAUACUUACACAAUAAAAAAAAAGAAAAAAAUUGUCACACAUCACUUGUCUUGAUUCAAUUAUACCAGGGGUGCCCAGACUUUUUUACCCCAAGAUCUACUUUUCAAGCAGCCAGCCUCUUGCGAGCUACCGAUGAAGGGGGGGGAUGAUGAUGAUGAUGAUGAUGAUGCUGCUCCCAAACUGUUUUAAGUUUGUUAUGUUGCCUCCUAUGUUUACACUACAGAAUUAGCUUUUUGUGCACUGUAUUGUCUCUGCUUUCAUCCUGGAUCAGGCUGUGCCAAGGUGGAAUUUUAAAAUGACACACCAUCUCAUCCUGCACUUUCUACGUUGGCUUCAGACCGGACUUUUCUCACUUGGAAAAGAGAAAAUCUCAUCCAGUUUAACCACUUUUUCUUUGAUUAUUCACAUACUCCAAAUGUCAUUGCAUCUUAAAACAACAGCAUUUCUUUUUUAACUUUCGUCAUUAAUAUCGAACGUAAACAUGAGCAGCAUGUCUAGCUCGUCUUUGCUCUACGUUGCCCAGACUGUGUUGCAAACUAAAGCAGCAGUGGUGGACCCUGUUUUUAUAAAACACAUUGAUGAGCUGCGUAAGUACUGUAACAUUUGUAAUUAUGA